AUGGGCCCGGAUGAAACGUUGAGCAUGCCGGCACCAUGUGAAGACACCACAAUAAAUGAACCGGUUAUACGAAGGAAACGAGUAACGAGAAGGGUGAGUUGGGGGAAUUUUUUUUGAAGUUUGAUCUUCUGAAUUAAUAGAAUAGAAUAAAAUUUUCUAGUAGAAUUUGAUCCGCUGAUCAUGAUUCGAUUGUCAAAAAUUAGUUAGCUUAACUCUAAAAAUGAGUUUUGACGUGGCAAAGUAAAUCAGGUUGACUUUAAGAAAUCCUCCAAAUUUUGGACCAACAUCCACGUUUAGAUCUGAAAUUCUAAACAUUACUUUAGAAGCUGUUCAAAAAGCUCACAAAUCUGAAAUUUUUAUAAAUUUUAAUAGCGUCUUCAUAGAUUAUUUUAUGAGUCCUACAAAUUUCCAUAUUUUUGUUUCAGAAAAAUUAAGUUUUCUGAAAAAUGUUUCAGUAACUCGAAAAUGUUUUUCAAGUAUUUUAGCUUGACCUGAAAAUAAUUGUUAUAGACUUUUGAAAAUUUGCCACGUCAUAACUCAUUUUCAAAAUCAAAAUAUCCAAACCCCCAGAAAAAUAUUUUUUUUUCAAAAAAAAUCAUCGCUCAAAUUAGUUUUUCCCUUAUUUGCACUUUUUCCAUUCUAUUUCUAGUUUGGUUUUUUCUUGAAUUAUCAUUCUUUCUGCAUACGUGAUUGCCUUGAUGUUGCACUUAUAAAAACGAUGAAAUGUCUGAAAAUCUUGACUCACUCGAUUACUUUUUGCCAUCCCUGGGGGAUAGAUUUCUCAAUAACAAAUUAAUUGGUGUUCUUUUCCAGUUCGAAAUCUAUCAUAUCAUUAUUUUUUGACUUGAGGCUUUUUUUGCUACUUUAUUCGAAUUAUUUCUAGAUUUUUUUGAUUUGAAAAAAUGUAUCAGGUAAAAUCAAGAUUUAGAAUUUGAAGUUCGAAAUUUCAAAAUGAAAUGAAAAAUAGAUAUUUCCAGAAUUUUCGAAAUUCUGAAUACUUCGAAAUAUUUCUGAAAAUCUUAAAAUUCUAAUUUUGACCAUAACUUCUGAAAAAUUCUCUAAAAAAUGUUUCACUCAACCUAACUAUAUUCUAGUUUUUCGCAAGAAGAAAAAAUUACAACAUGAACAAAAAAAAGUUACUUUAAACUUCCUGCAAGUCGGAUUUUUUCCUCUGAUGUUUUGAUUGUUGAUUUCUCCCAAGUUCUAAUUUUUUCUGAAAAUCAAAAUCAAAUUCAUCAUUUUUGAUCUUUCCGAUAAAUCAUAUCAUAUGAUUGAAAAAAAAAACAUUUUUUCCUCAUUUCAUUUCAAAGUGCAAUCCUUGAUUAAAAAAUUCUGUAAUUGAAAAAUAAACCAAAAAAAGUUCAGAAUACGAACUAGACAAGAAUUUCCAAUCUAUCAAAUGUUUCUGUCUGAAAAAUGGUUUUUUGACUGAUGACAAUUGACCUUUGUCCACGAAAAAACAACUAAAUGGCAACAUCAGAAAUCAAGCCAAUUUAUAAUUUUGGAACCCAAAAAAAACAGUGUGACCAGGAAAAAAAGAACAUCAAAGAAAAUAAUUUUAUCAAUUUUUCUUCAAAGUGCAACUUGCCUGCCUGCCCAUCACAGAAAAAAAGUGGGCAUCUAGAAACAAACCAAAACAUUUGUUUCAUUUCAUUUCUAACAUCCGGACAAUAUUUUCGGCUGCUUUUUUUUCGAAAUCUAGAAUUUUCUGAUGAUGUUUGAGCAAUUGCCUAAUAUUUCUUAUGAUGAGCAACAACACUUUUUUGACUAUUGGUUUCUUCCUGAUGAGGUGAUUAAUUAAUUGUUGGUUAUGUGAGCGAAGAAACUUUGUCAGCAUGUCUGGAAAUUUCCUUGGGGAAUUUUCGAGCCCGAAGUUAUGAUAAAUACCCCAGAGAGUUGUUGUAAAUUGAUCCCAAAGGAGGUCUAGAUUUGUCUGGAAAUCAUUUUUUUCUGAUGUUCAGAUGUUGUUUCUUGAAUUUCAGAGAAUAAAGUCUGGUUGAAAACUUCCAGAAUUUCCAGAAAAGCUGAAAUUUCUGAUAUUUGAAAUAUAAAAUCAAGUGACCAUACUGAAACUUGAGGUAAAAAUCAAGUUUGUGUAUAGUUUGAACUUUGGAGCUCUAAAACUGCCCUAGAUUCAUUUUUCUGAUGUUAUGAUCCUAUUCAGCAUAGUCAUAUCGACAUUUCUUCUAAAUUUCAUUCAAAAUUGAUUUUUGAACCCUUAUCACCCCUUUAGUUUGAACAACUAGGCCAAAAUCUGAUAAAUCCUGAACUUUUUCCGAAUAUGUGCAAUUUCAGAAUCAAAUCUGAAACCCCAGAUCUUCAGCUCCCCCCAAAAAUUCCGAUUUUUCCAGAGACACAGAAGAAAUGUACAGAAGAACUGUCUCAGCCCACCCAAUAGCGAUGAAGAUGUGAGUGUUUUUUUUUUCUGGGAUCCAAACUCAUCAGAAGAGCAUCUAUAG